CGCGGAUGCGCUUGGCGUCCUGGAACGAGGCCAGGGCUUCAUUCUCCAUGGCAGCGGCAAGCAUGUCGCGCACCUGAAAGUCCUGCCCGUCGGUCUGGUGGUGGGAGGAAAAGUCUCCAACAACCAGCACCGCUUCGUCGCGAGCACCGGCCAGCUUCAUGCCGAAGGCGUCGAGCUGUGCGGGUAGGCGGGCCUUGGUACCGUACCCCGUCUUUAAGAUGAAGGCAACAUCAUUGCCCCAGUCGAUGGGAAAGCGUGGCGGCUCAAAAAACCAGUCCUCGUUGGUGUACGGGGUUGGUAGUAGCGAGAGGACGCGAUGUGUGGUGAAGCGAAAGAAUAACAGGAUGCGGCUGUCGGCGGGCAGAAAGAAGAGGACUAUCAGAUUCCAAACCAGGGCGGCGGCCAGGGCCUGCAGGGCAAUCCUGCGCGCCUGGCGCGGCCGCAUCAUUGUCGGUGUUGGCGCCGUGCAGACGUGGUCGAGCGGAGCGGGAUCGGUUCGCGAAUCUCACUAGUUGGUGCAGUAGUCGUCCUUUUACUGUCGAAACAUAGGUAUUGAAUUGCUAGGGCUUCACGUGCUGCCUCGAAACACGCGUUAUGGCAUUGCGUGAUACAGCGAGAUAGGCGAGGACCCAUACAGUCGGAGACCAAUCAAGGAUGUGGCCUGGUACCCACAACUCCACCCAUUCAGUGGCCCCAGAUUAGGCCCGCUGGACGACGAUGACGACGUGCAGGGUCUCCAGUUCGUCCGGUUGACUAACUAACAUGGACCCCUUCCACAUCGAUAUAUCAAAUUUACGGCUUUCGUCCGCGCCACAUCGUGAGGAUCGUGAUAUCUUGCUGCCUCAAUAACUAGACGGUAGCCUAAGAAGGAACGAACGCUAUCGGCGAACAUCAAUCAACCUAUCUACGAUGCCUCCUGGUCUUGCGGGUCCCUGGGCUCGCAAAUAGGAUUGGUGUGUUCGCAUCGUCGGACUCUGCUGCGCUGCCCGCUCCCAGGCAGUGGGCUGAGCGGGCGUGCAGCAUUUUAGUGUAUAAAAUGCGGCCCGCCGUGUGAUGGCGGCAUGGCGGCAUUUCCCUUCCAUUCCAGCGGCUUCAAGCAAGUCAAACACUACCCACCUUGCUACUAUGCUUCCGGUAUUGGGUCAGAUCUCUUGGGCCCUCACGGCUCGUGUCGUGGGGCUGGCCCUUCUCCCCCAGCUCUCGCGUCUCAUCUACAGGCUUGUCACGACUAGACUAUAUGUUAGACGUGUCGCCCGAGAACACGGAAUCCCCCUGAUCUCUCACAGGCUUCUUUUCGGUCACGCGGGCUCCGUGGCCAAGGUCACAAGCAAAGCUCUAAGUGACGUUUGUAUAGGUUUGAUUGGUCGUCUGAUUAUUGAAGAGUAUCCUGAUAUGGCUGCGGCCGGUGCCUUCUAUCUCGACGUCCUCCCAAUCAACUUCCCCAUGCUAGUCGUUACACAUCCGGACAUGAUGGCUCAAUUAACGCAGGAGCACAGCCUUCUCAAGCCCGACCAUCUCGGCUCUGUAGCAUUCCAUCCACUGACUCAAGGCCGUGACUUGGUCUCGACAAAUGGUCGCCAGUGGAAGACUUGGAGGAGCGCUCUCAAUUUAGGGUUCUCAAGCAUCAACAUCCUGAAAUUAGUCCCGGCCAUGCUCCGAGAAACGUCUAUAUACCUGGAUUUCCUGCGGUCUGCUGCGCGUGGCGGGGAGACGGUCCAGAUCCUCGAUUACACGACGCGUCUGUUUGUAGACAUCAUCGGACAGGUGGUUGUCAACUCCCGCUUGACGGCCCCAGACUCUUCGGCGAUAUCGGUUAUCAGGCAUACUCGAAGGAAGUCCUCAGUUCACAGGCGAAGGGCGGAAUACCCAUUAAAAUUAGCAUGAGACAGUAAGCAACGGCAUGGCGACAGGAUAUCGUGACGUCCCCAGCAGUACAAUAUCCCCAAGUAGAUCUCUGAGCAUAGCGAGCCAACUACCUCCUGGUGAUGUUCUUAUACCUAAUCCUGUGCUGUCUGGGUGUCCUUGCUAUUGCACGGAACAAUCCGCGGAUCAGUUGAGUCUGUCACCCAAGACAGGUUGCACUUGGUCGGCCUGUUAUUCCUGGGCGGCUAUUUUUAAAGCGCACAUGUCUCAUAUUGGCUCCGUGCCCUGAUCUGCUUGCCGUAUUUGAAGAAGACCCAGGGCACAGGCAUCAACGCGAGGGCGAUGAGUCCCAACAAUGUACCAGCCCAUGCCACUCCGAGCGUUGAGUACAUUUGAACUGUAAAAAGGGGCGAGGCUGCCGCCAGACCAUACCUCGCCAGACUGUUGGCACUCAUAGCGCUCGCAAUGUUGGAGCCAGUAUACGUGUCGGUUACUAGGGGUAAGUGAACAAGGAUUGUUAGGCUCUGUAUUCUUCCGCAAUACGACGCUCCCGAAGUACGACGUACUUUUGGUCUUUGCCUUUUCGGAACGGGGCUUGGUUGACCAUUUCCAGAAGCAGAAGAAUACUUACAAUACUGAGUUAGACUGACAAAAAUGCAAAAGUUCCCCAUAGCGAAUGGAACGAUGGCAACGACGGGGCUCACCCACGAUAUCUCUGGACGGGCAGUCCAGGCAAACCCUAUAAAUCGCGGCAUCGUCAGUCAUAUAGCCCUAACAGGGAUUGCCACCUGGCAUAAGAAAAGGUAGCCAGCUCGGUUUGACAUACAAAAGAGCCCCAAAGGAAGGCAGGCGCUCCCGACCAUGGCGGGAUACAGUCGAUGCUCCGGUGGUACUCCGCCUGGCGCGUACUUGAGCAACUGCCGACGGUAGAGCAGGAUCUCGCAGAGGACGACGGUCAGGGAGCCUAGGAUGCAGCCGAAAACCAUGGCGAGGAAGACAAGCCCGGACUGCUCGAGCGCAAACGAGUACACAGUGGCGAAAACGUACGGAACGGCGGCGAAGAAGCUGAAGAGCGUGGCGAACUCGCACGCCACGUACAGACACACAAAGCCCACGACGGGCUCCGUGAAAAGCAUGUGCAGCGGCCUCGCAAGCGCAAUCGUGACGAACUCGCCGGCCCUAGCUCUCCAAGACCCCGACGACUCUCCGGAGAGACCGAGCUGCCUGGCCCGCCGGCGUUUCAGGACCGGGUGGUACGUCUCGCGGCCGAGGGCGAGGGAGACGGCCAGGCCGAAGCCGAGGAAGAGCGCCAGGACCCACUGGGACCAGCGCCAGCCCUGGCGCUGGACCACGAAGGACCCGACGACGGGCGCGACGCCGGGGCCCAUGAAGGUCAUCAGGAGGAAGACGGUCGAGGGCAGGCCGCGCUCGGCCGGGCGGAACGUCUCGCUCAGCACGCCGGCGACGAUGGCGAGCGAGGGCGCGACGCAGAAGCCGGCGAGGAACCGGAGGGCGCAGACGCCGGCGAAGGUUGGGCAGAGGCCCGCGCCGACGGUGAAGACGACGCCCAGCGGCGUGGAGGCCAUAUACACGGGGUACCUACCCACCGUCUCGGAGAGCGGCCCGCCGACGAUGGGGCCGAGGGCGAGGGCGAGCACGUACAGGGAAAGCGGCAGGAUGGCCACGGUGCCGGACACGCCAUACUCUUGCAUCAGUUGGCCACGGCCGGGGGUGAUGAUGGAUGUGCCGAACGUCCUGCCAGCCAGGGGCGUCAGUCUACCAGCGCUUUAUGCAGUGCCCAUCCG